AUGGAUGAAUCCAACGGGAGGCCGCCCCUGGAUGCGAUGCAGCGGAGCCUUCACGAUGCGCUGGACCAGCACAAGGCGGGCAUCGAACGGCUGCUACAAGCGCAGCAGCUGCUGAUCUUGGGCGCGGCUGAAGGCUUCCGCACCGUGUUGCAGGACCGGUUGCAGGAAUUCCAAGCUUGCGGCGUAGUCUCUACCACGGUCGUGCGCAACUUGGACUGCGAGAAAGCCGACUCCGCGGAAUCUGGUGGCCAUGUCAUUGCACUUGCCACACCGCCCGCGGAUGCCGUGCCGCCGUCGCCGACCGCGGAUGCCUUGCCGCCGUCGCCGAACUCGGAUGCUGUGCUGAAGCGGCAGGGCAACAUCUACAAGAGCCAACUCGACGCCAAAGGGCAAUUGCAGCGGGCCGAGAGCAGCAAACUCAUCAAGCCCGGCGCCGCCAGCAGCCUUGGAAAGCUCAAGAAGGAGUUGCAAACGGAGCAGAAUGACGAUCACCGCCAGGACGUCUAUGAUCGAUCCCUCAGCAGAAAGCAGAGGGAGGGGGCCUGA